AUGUUGCCUUUUGUUUUGGCAGCCAAAUACCCAAAACCCCUUUUCUACCCAUCUUGUUUCCACUGCACCAAUAGUGCUCACGGAGUGGGUGCUAGCAAGGAAGGGCCCGUGCCAUUGUCUAGGUUUCUUCCUUCGUUGAUUUUGCUCGAGCUGCUGGAAAGGUACACGCAUCUUGGGCAUAGGUGUAGACUGAUGCUUGGCUUAGGCUCUCCUUUUUUUUCUUUUCUUGAGAACACAUGCUUGAUCGAUUAUGGAAUUCUGCGUGUGUUGCCUGUGGAGGAAGACAGAGUGCAUGUUUUGUACUGCCUGGUACCCAUUAUGGCAUCCGGUAAUCCACCAUUUAUCAUAAGGGAUCAUCUUUACUCCGUAGAUGACAAGUUGAAGAGAGGGAGACCUCCUCCUUUGCUUAAGGGUACCGAGGAUGUAAUUAUUGAUGAAGAACCAGCGCCAGAAGCUACUUCAGUGAUUGACCCUGCGUCCGUAUCAAGGUGCUGCAUAGAAAGGGGUCUGUUUCCGGCAGUUCCUUUGUUCUUUCAAUAUCCCUGCAGCACCAGCAAGGGUUGGUCGGAGUGGGUUGAUGCUGAACUGAAGAACCCAUCUACCCGUGAUAUCCUAAGCCGGGCAGGCGUGUUGGAAGCCAUCUUUGCUUCUAAGGCUUGCGACAUCCAUAUUGAAGUCAAGACGCUUCGACACUUGGUUAGACGGUGGAGCACUGAGACGCACACUUUUAUUUGUUCGUGGGGAGAGUUCACUCCCACGCUUGAGGAUGUAGCUAAUAUCUUCCAUCUCCCACUUUGCGGCAGCCAAGAUCCUUUCCAUAUUGCAUUAACCGCGGAAGAUGGGCCAAAGCUUGAGAUUUUGCGAAAAGGUGCCCCGACCUCUCCUAGUACCUCUCUAAGAUUCAGUAAUUGGAUUCAGUUUUUUGGGAACAGUGAUCGAGACGAGCCGUGUCGCCUUGCUGCGUUUGUGUCCUUGUGGCUCGGGAGGUUCCUCUUUUGUGAUUUUUCUCAGGACUGCUUGCAUGGGAGAGUGUUUCCGUUGGCUUUGGCAAUAGCACGGGGUAGCAUGAUCCCUUUAGCCCCCAUGUUCUUGGGGCACUUAUAUCGCUUACUUGACCAGAUUCAAUUUCUUGAGAAGGGGGCGGCCGGAACCAUGGCUGUGGAGACUUUUGUAAACUCCAGUUUUCUGCAGAUCUUUUUAUGGGAACGCUUCAAAGGGAUAGAGGUAUCUCCACUCCCUUAUUCAAAGGCUGAGUCGCUGGUUGCUUCGGACGAGGAUUCCUACGUGCCGGGUAGUCUUCCUCUGAUCUGUAGAUGGUUCCGUCGCAUGCAACGGAAGGGCCAAAAUUUUUUAGAGCUGCUGGACGAUGUUGAGCAAUUUAUUUUUCGCCCCUAUUGUGCCUCAUCAGAGGGCUUUAAAAGUAUGCCCCUCUAUGCUGAUUCUGCUGCUUUAAUGGAGGCCCUGGCCAUGCCAACACAAGGUUGUCGGUUACGCAGAGAGGCAUUGAUGAGUGCCGCAUGCCUCCCUCUGCCCACAUUCGGUGAUGACCACUUGGAGACUUCUGUGCAUUAUUCCCCUUACGGGUUAGACGACAGCUUGGCGUGCCGGGAGACGGCAGGCCUCUCGCCCUUGCUCUGGCCAGCCGGAAAGCGCGUUGGUGGUCUCUCAAAGGCCUACCAAAAUUAUUGGAACCGCUGCUUUGCCUCGUUCAGCCGAUUCCAUGCUGCCCAUUGUGAUAGCUUGAUUCCCACCGUCAUUCAUCAUGCCCGUUUAGUGUCGGAAGAGAAAGCCAUUUCCCUGAGCGAGAAGCGAAAUCUGCCCUUUAUCUCCAAGAGUGGAGAAAUUGUUGGUGAUUUUUCGAAGCUAAAGCGGAAGUUGGAAAAGUCGGGUUCUCAUAGUGCCGGGAAGAGUGUUGCACAUGGGAAACGGAAGCGUGAGGAAAGCUGCAGCGCCGAGAAAAGGCAAGCUGUAAAAGAACCGAAAAGGUUCAUCCCCAAGGUAGCGGCAGGUGGUCCUCCCAGCUCAAGAAAGGUUGCCUUGCCCGAGUCCUUACAGCAGCAGCCUACAGCUUCCGGCAGCAGCGAGCGAGCAGCUCUAAAAGCUUCAUCUCCUCACAGUAAGUACUUCCCAAGUAAAGGCAAGGGUAAGGGGUUUUCCGCAACCCCGAAACGUCGAAGCAUGCGUAUUCUUGAAACGCGGUUUGCUAAUACCCGAAAGAAUAAGGGUGAAGACUCGGGACCCAAAGUAGUGGUGACGGUUGAUGAUAACAGUGAUGAUGAUAGUGAUGGCGAUGGCGCUGCGGGAACUGAGGCUAACAUUCAUGAGCAAGAGAGUGCUCACGAUACGAGUGGCAUGGACGAGGACUUUGAUGAAGGCCAAUACGAUAGUCACGACGAAGACACCUAUCCGGCUUUCGGCACUAGCUUGGGGGAGUUCGAUGACUCAGAUACGACUCCUGCUUUGACUGGCGAUCAUGGACAGUGUGUCGAUAUUGAACUGGUCGUGCCCGCCAUUGAAGGCACGAUAGGUGCUUCAUCGGAGGCUGAUUUUGCCCUUCCCACUACUGUCGCUGAAGUUGUCCUGAGCCUUCCGGCAGUGCAACCUCCUCCUUCUCCUAACCCAUGUACCCCUGACAUGGCUGCUGAUGCCUCUCCACUACUUCCAACAGUUCCUCCUCCUAUUUCUCCAAUUUCCGAACCUUCCGGCACCGCUCCACCUCUUCCAGCAGCACAUCUCUGUGAUAAGAAUGUUGAUGCUUUUAUCGCAGGUUCCUCAAAAGGGCCUUCAUUCGAGAAAGGCAUGUCUUGGCAAGAUUGGGAGAAUUCCUACACGGCAUUCAAAGCCUUCUUUGAUGGUGGUGUCACCAUUCUUAGAUCCAUUGAUGAACUUCUUCCGCUUUGCCACAGAUUCGAUGGUUAUGCAACAUUCCAAGGCGCCCUUGUGUAUCCAGAGACGGUUGGAGCCUUGAAAAAGUUCAUGGACAAAUACGGGAGUUUGCUGGAAGCUACAGAUGUCACCUCCUCUUUCUCAAGGGGUACUGCCCUUCGAGCGCUUGGCUUAGUACUUCAUGGGAUGGACACCAUGCAACUCCUUGAUAUUACAGAUCAUAAACUGCUCUGUUGGCGAGAUGCAAUAUGCGAGGCCAUGAUUCUGGGCUUUCCUGUGGAAUUUCUCCUUAAACUCGUGAAGAGCUUAGCACGUGCCGUUUUUGGAGCACGGGCCAUUCGUAGUAUGCAAUUAUCGCAUGAUUCCGAUGAAGUAAAAGCCGCUGCAAACGCCUUGAAUAUUAAACAGCAAGAGUUGGAAAACCAGCGCCGGGAGAUGCAUGCCCUUCUUCUUGCUAAGGGAGUUUCUGUUGACAGCGCUGAGUGCGUGACGGAGGCAGCAGCCAGAUUAUCUCCUGGGGCUUCCUUUGUUCUUUUUGGACAUUCCCCAUAG